CCGCACCAAAAACAGCACAGACCAACCAACCCUUCUUGUCAAUCGCCACAUCAAAGCAGCCGCACCACACCACAUCAGAGAGAGAGAGAGCAGCGAUCAUGGGCUUGCCAAAGCCGUUGUCGGUGGGAGGUCGAGACGGGGGCGGCGGUAGCGUGCCGUCGUGGGCGUCGAGGUUAUCAGGUGCUGGGGCACAGGGCUCGCGGCUGAAGCAGUUUCUGCUGCAGGUGGACGGGUUUGUGGCGCUGGUGCUGGUGCUGGUGCCGGCGCUGCUGCUUGUCUCGGCGCUGUGGACGUUUGCCACCUUCCGCAUCGUCACGCCGGCCGAGUUCCAGUCGUGCGCUACACAGGAGUGUCAGCUGCGCAUCCCCAAGAUUAUCCACCAAACCUACAAGACCGCAGACCUGCCCGAGGACUGGAAGGACACGCCGGCGCAGUGGAACAGAACACACCCGGGCUGGCGCUACGAGUUCUGGACCGACGAGCGCAACCGCGACUUCAUCGCCACACACUAUCCCUGGUUCCUGGAGCAGUUUGACGCCUACCCCAACGGCAUCCAGCGCGCCGACGCCAUCCGCUACUUCAUCCUCUACCACUACGGCGGCGUGUACGCGGACCUGGACAUUGUGCCCAUCCGCAACAUCGAGCCCAUGCUCGGCGACGCGGAGCUGGUGCUGCCGGAGACGCCCAACGUCGGCCUCACCAACGCCUUCAUGGCCUGCACGCAGCACAACGACUUUAUGCGCUUCCUCACCACGCAGCUGCAGCCGUACGCCAACAAGUGGUAUCACGUCACGCGCCACUGGCAGAUCAUCACCUCCACGGGGCCAACCUUCAUCUGGAAGAUGGCAAACAUGUACGACGGCCCGUCCAGCAUGCUGCGCGUGCCGGCGUCUGUCUGGGGCAAGUGCCUCAUCUGCCAGGACUCGUGCCCGGUGGUCGAGGGCGGGUAUCUGCGCCACCUCGUCGGCGACUCGUGGCACGACUGGGACUCGUUCUUCUUCACAUACAUCCUCUUCUGCCACCAGACCACGGUCAUCAUGGGGGCGCUCGUAGUCUUUGUGCUCUUCACGCAGCGCGCCAGCACCCCGCAUUGGGUCCGCACGCAUCGCGACGUCGUCAUCUUUGCCGUCGUCUCCUUCAUCCUCGUCAUGAUUCUUAGCUGAUGCCCACGUAAAUGCACCCUGUGUUGCUGUGUGUGUCUGCGUGUCUGUGUGUGCGUGUUGGAUGGGGACAUCAAUGACGCCAAACGUUUGCAUUUGCAUUUGCAUUUGCA